UAAAAAAAAAAGAUGGCCGCAGUUUGCUGUAUCUGAAUGCUCUGUAAAUAAAGGAAGAAAGAGAUAGCCAGAACAGUCGGGCACGUAGAGUGAGAGAAACGCUUAUAUACGGGGUAUCUGCACUCCCGGACUAUCCAAGUUGUAACCCCUCGUUCCCUUGCCCCAGUCAAUAUUCCCUGCUCUGAUGUGAUGGAGUGUCCGCACCUAAACUCCAGCGUCUGCAUCGCUCCGGAUUCCACUCAGUUCCCGAACGGGUCGCCCUCGUCCUGGUGCUGCAGCGUUUGCCGCUCAAACAAAAGCCCGUGGGUGUGUUUAACAUGUUCAAGUGUGCAGUGUGGAAGAUACGUAAAUGGACAUGCAAAGAAGCAUUUUGAAGACUCGCAGAUUCAAGCCAGCAAUUACAAGAAAUCUGAAAAACACGACAAGGAGAAGCCACAGCAUGCUGUGUGUAUGGAUUGCAGUAGCUAUAGCACAUAUUGCUACAGAUGUGAUGAUUUUGUUGUCAACGACACCAAGAUGGGCCUGGUGCAGAAGGUCAGAGAACAUCUACAAAACUUGGAAAACUCUGGCUUCAGUGUGGAUAGACACAGAAAAAGAAAACUAUUGGAAAGUUCAUCCCUCAACAAUAAACUACUGAAAGUCAAUGGUAGUUCCUCUGCUCUGUGUGCUACUGGCCUUCGUAAUCUGGGAAACACGUGCUUUAUGAAUGCCAUUCUCCAGUCCCUCAGUAAUAUUCAACAGUUCUGCUGCUAUUUCAAGGAGCUGCCGGCUGUGGAGUUGCGCAGUGGGAAAACUGCAGGUAGAAGAAUGUACCACACGAGGAGUCUGGGGGACAACAGUGUCUCCCUUGUAGAAGAGUUCCGGAAGACACUGUGUGCUUUGUGGCAGGGAAGUCAAACCGCAUUCAGUCCUGAAUCCUUAUUUUAUGUUAUUUGGAAAAUCAUGCCAAAUUUCAGGGGAUACCAGCAGCAGGAUGCUCAUGAGUUCAUGCGGUACCUUCUGGACCAUCUUCACUUGGAGCUUCAGGGAGAAUGCAAUGGAGUUUCCCGCUCCACGAUUCCACAGGAGGGAGCAAUGCUGUCUGUAGGGGGCAAGUGCUGCAUAAAUGGGACUUCUACAGUUGUGACAUCAAUAUUCGGAGGUAUUCUUCAGAAUGAAGUGAAUUGUUUGAUAUGUGGGACCGAAUCUAGAAAGUUUGAUCCAUUCCUUGAUCUUUCGUUAGAUAUUCCAAGCCAGUUUAGGAACAAACGAACAAAGAACCAAGAAAGUGGACCAAUUUGCACUCUGCGAGACUGCCUGCGCAGUUUCACAGAUCUGGAGGAACUUGAUGAAACGGAGCUGUACAUGUGCCACAAAUGCAAAAAACGUCAGAAGUCCACGAAAAAAUUCUGGAUUCAGAAGCUACCAAAGGUGUUCUGCUUGCAUUUGAAAAGAUUUCACUGGACCGCGUAUCUCAGAAACAAGGUAGACACGUAUGUAGAAUUUCCACUGCGAGGUCUAGACAUGAAGUGCUACUUAUUGGAGCCUGAAAACAGCAUCCCAGAAAGUUGCCUUUACGAACUUGCAGCUGUGGUUGUGCAUCACGGAUCAGGUGUUGGUUCUGGACAUUACACAGCAUAUGCAACCCACGAGGGGCGCUGGUACCAUUUCAACGACAGCACGGUCACGCUCACCGACGAGGAGACGGUGGUGAAGGCCAAGGCUUACAUCCUGUUCUAUAUAGAACGCCAGACCAAAUCCGCAUCGGACUCCAAACUUUAAUACCUCUCUCUCCCUGUCUGUCUGUCUCUCGCUCACUCUCUUAACCCUUUUAUGUACUGAAGCAUUCUGACAAUGCACAACUAUUCCAAUUUUUCCAUCAACACUUGAUUCAAGACUUCAUUUUCAUCAUGCACUUUUUAUUUUAUUUUAUUUUUCAAAUUACUGUUGUGAAUUUGAGUUUGUUGUCCAAGUGCUAUUUUUUUUUGUUUUCUUUUAAACAGAAUUUUUUUUUUUUUUUUUUUUA